AUGGCAAAUCGAGGAAGAGGACGCCGAGGCGCUGGGUGGAACAACAACCAACCACCACCGGUCGUUGACUAUCAAGCCUUCGUGAAGGCUAUUGGUGUUGUAGCUGUUACUAUUGCACAGGCUAGUGUUGCGACUACUACCAUUGCACAGGCUAGUACAAAUGUAGGCUAA